AUGCUUCAAGACAGUGUCCGCCAGUUGGAGAUGCCUGUCCCGCUCAUGUUCGAAAUCGCCGCGGAACGCUGCGUUACGCUAUCAAAGAAGCUCUCGGGAAUACAUGCUUCCCAACGAUUGUGUGGAGAGAGCGUCUUCCCUCCUCCACCACCUCCAUUAGAGAACUCUCGCGGUGUCCAGCGCUAUCUAGUUGAGCAGCUGUUGAACCACCGCAACGUGAACGGACGUCGGACGAGUUAUCUCGUCUGGUGGCGCGGCUGUCUCCCGUCCUGGGAUACUUGGGAGCCCCGCUCCCAGCUGAUGAUUGACGUAAUGGGUCUGGUCUAG